GUUAUGAAGCGUCCGCCUCCGCUCUCUGGCUGUGCCCACCCUUGCAACGGGCACUGCAGCGGGUCCCUGGUGCCACCUGCUGCCCCGCACCAGCUGCCCAGCACUAACCGGGAGCCAGCGUGUAAAGGACACAAGUUCCCCAACGGGGCCAGCUGCCACGCGCCGCAGCCCUGCGAGGCGGACGAGGGGCUUGGGGAGGACGAGGACAGCAGCUCCGAGCGCAGCUCCUGCACCUCCUCCUCCACCACCCAGAAGGACGGGAAAUUCUGUGACUGCUGCUACUGUGAGUUCUUCGGGCACAACGCGGAGAAGGAGAAAGCCCAGCUGGAGGCGGAGGCCCAGAAGCGGGUGGCCCACGGGGACAGGGACCUCCUGGAGUGGCCCCAGCUGGAGCUGGAGCGGGUGAACAGCUUCCUGAGCAGCCGGCUGCAGGAGAUCAAGAACACCAUCAAGGACUCCAUCCGCGCCAGCUUCAGCGCCUACGACCUCAACCUGAAGCCGCUGCUGCCCCACCUCAACGGCUCCUCGGGCCGCCAGGAGAUUGACCUGGACCUCUCCCCGCUGAGCCUGGGGCCCCCCAAGAGCCACGUGCUGCUGCGGAGCGAGCUGGGGCCCCGCUGGCGCGAGGGCCUGGAGGAGGGGCCGCUGCCGGCCGCCGAGAACGGGGUGGUGAAGCGCCUGAGCGCGGUGCCCAACCUCUCGCGCAUGAUCUGGGUCCCCCCCCCGCAGCCGACAGACUCUGCCCCACAGGGGGGGCCAGCCCAGGAGCAGGCGCCGGCGGGGGCCAGGCAGAGGAGGGACGUGAAGAAGGGGGAGGCUCCCCCGGUGCCCAGCGCCCUGGCUGGGCGGGAGAGUCCCAGCACAAAGGGGCUGGUGCUGGGAGCCAAGCCGCCUUUGAAGCCAGGCGCGGCGCCCGCGCCGCAGAGGGAGCCCCCGGAGAGCACCAGGGGGCAGGGCGGGGGCUGCGGCAGCUCCAGGCCCGAGAAGGAGAGGAGCAGCGAGGGGAAAGGCCGGAGGGGCGAGGGCAAAGCAGAGCAGCCGGCACUGGUACAGACGCUGCCCCCGGCCGAGGGGGACCGGCAGCCCCCCUUCCCCGCCGGCCUGGGCAGCUCGCCCCAGCCCAAGGGCAGGAGCAGGAAGAGCAGGAGCAGGAUGGAGAAGUCGAGCACGUCCAUCGAUGACGUGUUCCUGCCCAAAGACACGGACGGGGUAGAGAUGGACGAGACGGACCGAGAGGUCGAGUACUUCAAGCGGUGAGCCGGCCGGGGUGGGGCUGUCGGCCCUGGGGGGAGGGACGUGGGCCGGACCCGGCUGUCUCAGGGCGGGCUGCAGGCUCCCAACGCCCCGUGGGCCCGGCUCCUUCCUACGGUGACAUGGAGAACAACCAGCCCCACCCGCCUUGGAACAGCCGCUCUGGGACGGGGAGCCGGGGCCAGGCUGCGCGGCAGCCUUC